AAUAAAAAAACUUACUUCUUAGAACCCUUCCUGUCUCAAAUAAAAAGCCAACCCAAGACAUCAACUUCUUGUAUUGUCAACUACAAAGCAAAACACAACUUGAACGAAGAAUAAGAAAUGAAGCUAGUCUGGUCACCUGAAACAGCCUCAAAGGCCUACAUCGAUACUGUCAAAUCUUGUGAGGUUCAUCAAGAAUCCAGUGUCGCUGAGCUUAUUUCAGCCAUGGCUGCUGGAUGGAACGCCAAACUUAUACUAGAAACAUGGUCACAAGGUGGAAUUCUUGCCACGAGUAUUGGUCUAGCCAUAGCUAGCCGCCACACGGAUGGAAGACACGUUUGUAUUGUGCCUGAUGAACUAUCAAGAUCACAAUAUGAGGAAGCCGUGGGAAAGGCUGGGAUGUCCCCAGAAAUUAUUAUUGGGGAGGCAGAAGAGGUUAUGGAGGGGCUGGUAGGCAUAGAUUUUAUGGUGGUGGAUUCACGGCAAAGGGAUUUUGCUAGAGUAUUGAGGGUGGCAAAGCUGAGCAGCCGGGGUGCAGUUUUGGUGUGCAAGAAUGCCAGUUCAAGGAACGAGUCAAGUUUUAGAUGGAGAAGUGUUGUUGAUGAUGGAUCGCGACGACUUGUGCGUUCUGUAUUUCUUCCUGUAGGUAAGGGUCUGGAUAUUGCACACGUAGCCACCAGUGGGGGAAGUUCUAGUAAUUCAGGCAAGGGUGAAAGCCGAUGGAUCAAGCAUGUCGAUAGACAAUCAGGGGAGGAGUAUGUCAUCCGAAAGUGAUCUCCCAUGGACAUGACUUUGAUGUUCUUCAGUUUUAUGAAUAGAAAUUUCACCUUU